AUGCCGUGGACUAGCACCAACAGAAUAUAUGCCAAACCAUCGAAUACGGGUUCCGGGGAUAUAACAUCGUAUGCAUCGUCAGGUGCUAAGGCGGCUGCUACGGCUGCCGCUGACUCAGGAGGCCGCUUCGAAUUGAGCGACCACGGAUAUGGAAAGAAUUCCAUCAAACUUUUACACGUACACCGCGACGGGGAGUACCACGUGAUCAGGGAGUUCGAAGUGUCCACGGAGUUAAAACUUACCUCGGAAUCAGCAUACGUUAUAGGAGAUAACAAAGAAGUUGUUGCUACCGACUCUCAGAAGAACACAGUAUAUUUACUGGCGAAGAAACACGGAAUCAAAACACCAGAAGAAUUCGGAGCGGUUGUAGUGAAUCAUUUUCUGUAUACCUACAGACAAGUGGUGGAAGCGAAGUGUCAUAUCGUAGAGUAUCCUUGGGAGAGAUUGCAAGCGGGAAUCCCACAUAAUCACGCUUUUAUUUUUGCACCAACGGCGACGAGAUGGUGUGAAGUUUUCCAAGCAAGACAUGAUGCUGUUACUGUGAAAUCUGGCUUAAAGGGUCUUCGCGUUCUUAAAACAACUCAAUCAGCUUUUGUUGACUUUGUACAGGACGAAUAUACGACACUCGCCGAUGCUCCUGAGAGAAUAUUCAGUACUAUAGUGGAAGCUGAGUGGACCUACGACAACAUGAAAUCCGCUGAUUUUGAUAACGCGUGGUUGACCGUGAAGGAAGCUAUUCUGGAGAAGUUCGCCGGCCCUCCAGAGACCGGCGUGUACUCGCCCUCAGUUCAACAUACAUUAUACCAAGCUGAAAAAACUGUACUAGAGAAAGUAGCGGAGAUUUCGUGGAUCCGAAUGACGAUGCCGAACAGGCAUUACCUCAACAUCGACGUCUCCAAAUUCCCAGCCAACGUAACGAAGGGAGAUCCCCGUCAUUAUAUUUACCAGCCCAUAGACAAACCGGCGGGUGUGAUUUACGCUCAGCUAAGAAGACGACCUAAAAGCCAUUUGUGA